UUUUACUGUUACAGUUAUACCUAAACUGUGGACUGAUCAUCACUCUUUGUUAAUGUUGUAAUUUUGUCUUUCGUUCCCACAGAGUCAUCCAGUUGAUGAGCGUUUCGUCUUCUUACGAAACAAAGGAUUUAGAAUCCGGCGACAAAAAGGACAAGAAUCUUUUCAAGGACUUCAGGAACAAAUCCACGGUUACACUGAAAUCUAUUGCAAGGACUCUUAGCGGCCCUGUAGGCGAGACGCCCUCACAAGAGGCUACACAGAAUGAUAAAUAUAAGGUUCAGUCAGUCGAGAGGCAGAACACAGUUGCGACAGCAGUUGAGAGGACCACUACCGACGAAGGAAAGGGGAUAGAUGUGAGCAUGGCGCAUGAAAUAACCUUAGGUCACGAGAAAUGGAAUGGAAUGCCGCAGUAUGGCGCAGUCAUUCCUUCAGAUUUUCCAUUUGACGAAAGUGAUAAGAAAUCAUCUCCGAAUGGUGGAGAGAGUGACUGUGAAGCGAGAGAUCACUGUAGCUGUAGAGUGACCAGAGAAGAAGCCAGUUGUUAUUCCAACAAGAUGAGUGAUACGCAGAUCACUGCCUCGGAGACUCCUUGAUAAGGCCGAAAGCGAGGUUACUACGUAGAAAAAUGGAAAAAAAAAAUAUGUAU